CCCUCCCCCCCCCACACACACUUUCCUUUCGCUACGGGUCGCAUCUGGGGGCGGCCGGGUCGAGAGGAGCGACACGGCCGGGCCUCCCCUUCUCCCUCCUCCUCCCCGUCCCCCCUCUUGGCCCCCGCCUCCUCCUCCUCCUCCUCUCCCUCAGCGCUUCGAUCCAAGAUGGCGGCGCUGAGCAGCAGCGGCAGCGCUGAGGAGGCAUCGCUUUUCAACGGGGACAUGGAACCCGAGCCGCCUCCGCCCGGACCCUCCUACGCCGGGGGUAGCGGCAGCGCCGGAGGCGACUCUGCCAUCCCGGAGGAGGUGUGGAAUAUCAAACAGAUGAUUAAGUUAACUCAAGAACAUAUAGAAGCUCUGCUAGACAAAUUUGGAGGAGAACACAAUCCACCCUCGAUUUAUUUGGAGGCAUACGAGGAAUACACCAGCAAGUUAGAUGCAUUACAACAAAGAGAGCAACAGUUAUUGGAAUCAAUGGGAAAUGGAACUGAUUUCUCAGUCUCCAGUUCUGCCUCAACAGAAACAGUUACUUCAUCUUCUUCUUCUAGUCUUUCUGUAGCACCUUCAUCUCUCUCUGUGUAUCAGAAUCCUAUAGAUUUAUCACGGAGUAACCCUAAAUCUCCUCAGAAGCCUACUGUUAGAGUUUUCCUGCCCAACAAACAGAGGACUGUGGUUCCAGCACGAUGUGGAGUAACAGUCCGGGAGAGUCUAAAGAAAGCUUUGAUGAUGCGAGGUCUUAUCCCAGAGUGCUGUGCUGUUUACCGUAUACAGGAUGGGGAAAAGAAGCCCAUUGGUUGGGACACAGACAUAUCCUGGUUGACGGGAGAAGAACUUCAUGUGGAAGUCUUGGAGAAUGUGCCUCUUACGACACAUAAUUUUGUACGGAAGACAUUCUUCACUUUAGCAUUUUGCGACUUCUGCAGAAAGUUGCUUUUCCAGGGAUUCCGUUGCCAGACCUGUGGUUACAAAUUUCACCAGCGUUGCAGUACUGAAGUGCCACUAAUGUGUGUGAAUUAUGAUCAGCUUGAUUUACUUUUUGUCUCCAAAUUCUUUGAACAUCAUCCAAUACCACAAGAAGAGACCUCUAUAGGGGAGACCACACCAGCAACUGGAUCAUAUCUUUCAGUGGCCCUUUCAGAUUCUUCCAGCCCACCAAUUCUCCCCAGUCCAUCUCCUUCAAAAUCCAUUCCAAUACCUCAGCCAUUCCGACCUGCAGAUGAAGACCAUCGAAAUCAGUUUGGUCAACGUGAUCGCUCGUCAUCUGCCCCUAAUGUGCACAUCAAUACAAUAGAGCCAGUCAAUAUUGAUGACUUGAUUAGAGAUCAAGGGUUGCGAGGAGAGGGAGGCUCAACUACAGGAUUGUCUGCCACACCACCUGCAUCUUUACCCGGAUCUCUCACUAAUGUGAAAGCAUUACAGAAAUCCCCAGGGCCUCAGAGAGAGAGGAAGUCCUCGUCAUCUUCUGAAGACCGAACUAGAAUGAAAACCCUAGGUCGAAGAGAUUCAAGUGAUGACUGGGAGAUACCAGAUGGCCAGAUCACAGUUGGACAAAGGAUAGGCUCUGGUUCAUUUGGGACAGUCUAUAAAGGGAAAUGGCAUGGUGAUGUUGCAGUGAAAAUGUUGAAUGUUACGGCUCCCACCCCUCAGCAGCUACAGGCUUUUAAAAAUGAAGUAGGAGUUCUCAGGAAAACACGACAUGUGAAUAUAUUACUUUUCAUGGGUUAUUCAACGAAGCCACAGCUGGCUAUAGUUACGCAGUGGUGUGAAGGGUCCAGUCUUUAUCACCAUCUACACAUCAUUGAGACUAAAUUUGAAAUGAUCAAGCUGAUUGAUAUUGCACGCCAGACAGCACAAGGAAUGGAUUACUUGCAUGCCAAGUCUAUCAUCCACAGAGACCUCAAAAGUAAUAAUAUAUUUCUUCAUGAGGACCUCACGGUAAAAAUAGGUGAUUUUGGUCUAGCAACAGUGAAGUCACGAUGGAGUGGAUCCCACCAGUUUGAACAGUUGUCUGGAUCUAUUCUAUGGAUGGCACCUGAGGUUAUUAGAAUGCAAGAUAAAAAUCCAUAUAGCUUUCAAUCAGAUGUGUAUGCAUUUGGAAUUGUCCUUUAUGAACUGAUGACUGGGCAGUUGCCAUAUUCCAACAUCAACAAUAGGGACCAGAUAAUAUUUAUGGUGGGACGAGGUUAUCUUUCUCCGGAUCUCAGCAGAGUGCGAAGCAAUUGUCCCAAAGCCAUGAAGAGACUAAUGGCAGAAUGCUUGAAAAAAAAGAGAGAUGAAAGGCCUCUCUUCCCCCAGAUCCUUGCCUCUAUUGAGCUUCUGGCCCGGUCAUUGCCAAAAAUACACCGCAGCGCAUCUGAACCCUCCUUGAACCGGGCUGGUUUCCAAACAGAAGAUUUUAGCUUAUAUGCUUGCACGUCUCCAAAAACACCUAUCCAGGCAGGGGGAUACGGCGAAUUUGCAGCGUUCAAGUAGCCACAGCAUCACUGGCAGCAAAUCCACUCUUAUUUUUAAAGUCUUGUGUUCCAGCCAUUUCUUUUUAGAAUAUUCAGACUCGCUUGUGCUCCUCUAAACACUGCAGUUUAGAAAAACUAUAGAUCUGUACACUUAGAUCAGAUCAGAAGGGAGCUCCCAAUCCAACCUUGGGUGGAAGGGAAAAGCUCUUGUUUGGGACAAGUGCUUUCCGCUGCCUCUGUGUCCCGCUCCAACAAAAGUCAUGUGCAUUUGAAGAUCUCUAGUGGCUGCCUGUACCGUUGGCAUCAUUCCCAGGAAAGAGGGAGGGCUGCGCUUUGACUUUCUGGUGCUGUGGCAUGAUGAAGUUGGAACUCCUUCUGCAUCAUAGGCUUGGAAUGAUCUGCUGGCCGGCUUUCUCCCUCUAACUACGAUUCAUCAGAGGCUGAACGUCUGAUGAGACAGAGCUAAUCAAAACAAUCAUCCUUUGGUUUGAUUUUAUUUUGUGUGUGUUUUUCCUUCCUGGUGUGCUUACUGAUCAACAAAAUAAGUGCGGCAUUUCCUUUUCAAUUGAACUUCGCUCUUUUGAUUUCACAAAACGAAAAUUCAGAAGAGUCAGUCAGAGUCAUUUGAAAAGGAAAGGAGAUUCUGCACUUUCCAGAAUUGCUUUAACCUCCUAUUCAGAGCCAUCCUUUUCCACAUCUUUUCCUUUUUGUAUACUUUUGGAACGGGUUAGGAGCUAUAUUUUUGUCGGUCCAGCAACAAGUGUUUUUACAAAACUGUAGCAAAGCUCAACACGCGUGGCUUCUUUUCAUUUUGUAUUGCAAAUCUGAAUCUAUGUUUUGUGUGUUGAACUUUUUGGGGAUGCCCAGAAAGUCUAAUACAGACUAUGAAUAACAAGUGUACCUAUUUUAAAAGGUACAAGGUAGUGAGAGGUACCUAACGUUUCAUAAGCAGACAUUCUCAGGUUGAAUUGAAUACAUUUCAAAAAUGAAACCCAGCCACAACCUUCCCAAAAAUUAGACAUUCCAAAAAAUGUGCUUUGGUACUUUUUUUUAAAAAAAAGCAGAACUUUUAAUCAUGUUAACUCAGCAAACUGUGAAUGAACAUUGUGUGCAUGAGAGAGAGAGAGAGAAAAUGCAGCAAAUUGGCUUUAAUGGCAGUUUGCUGUUUCUUUUGUUGUUUUUCUAUACAAAUGGUACUUGCUGGAUCAACACCACUCACCUUGCCUAUCCUCACCUUUUCCCAUGCAAUUUCUUUUCUUACCCUUAUUUUGUAUCCUUGGUGAUUGCAUUUUGCUUUUCUCUUUAUGCCUUGCCCUUAAAUCUAAUUUGCAAAAUGGUUUCCACUUCUUGUUGUUAUCCAAACGAGAGAAAAUGAUACAAAAAUCAGACAUUAGGUUAUGUCUAGCAGAAUUAUGAAGCUGUAUGAAUUAUGAAGUAAGCAGAAUUCUCUAUGGUGUGGUGAUUUUCUUUUUUUUCUUUUUUUUGGCAAAGGAUAGUUGCAUGCCACUGGAACAAAAUUCAUAAGAAAAGAAGCCUUAUUACUCUGUCCUGCCCCUGUAGGAGGCUGGAACAACCCCUGUGCUAGUAUAGUUUCUGAUGGAUGAAACUAGAUUAUCUAUGAAAAAGUCAAAAUUCAGAAAUCACAUUUUGAUUCUCCAAUACUGCAGAUCUGUUACUAAAAAAGCCAAUGAAAUAUUUUUUAGUAAAGCUUUGUUCAUAAAACUUGGAUUUUUUUAAAAAAAAAAUUACUUCAUGGUCAAGGAACU